CUACAACUCAUACACUCUGUUCUUCCUAUCUCGUUAUUCACCAUGGCAGGAUCACGCAGCGUAAUGGCCAUGGCUAUGGUGUUGGUGGCUUCUCUCGUCCUCAUCAACGUGGUCGCAACGACGGCGGCCGGAGUGAGAGGCACACCGGCACCACCGCCGGUUUCGAUUUGCUUGACGGAGAAUUUUGUGGUGCAGAACUGUGGGCCUUCGAACUGCGACGCGAAAUGCAAGAAAGACUGCAAGAAGUUCGGGCUCAAACCGGAAACUUGUUCUGGAGUUUGUGCCACCGGGACCUUCAUUUGUAACUGUUAUGGGCCUUGCAACCCAGGCCCACCUCAUGCUGCUUAACUCUUCAGAGUUCAGUCUUCCGGCCCACACCAUCCGCGAGCGACUCCGUUCUUCCUUUUGCAUUCACCUUUUCCGUUUUCUCUCAUCUUGGUUUUUCAUUUUUGAGUUACCAGUUUACCAGAGUCCACAUCUGGUUGUUGUUAAAGAAAAGCAUGAUUGAAUUUGAAGUCACGAUUAGUACCCAUGGGUUUAUUUACAGAUAAAUUUGAGGUGACAAUUGAAAUGAC